CGCGUCGCUUGAGCCGUCCCCGAUUCUCCGUGUUUUGAGGCUGCAGGAAUGGUCGUGCUAAGAGGAAUCCCCUCUGUUUUAUCACCUGAACUUCUGUAUGCUCUCGCUAAAAUGGGCCACGGGGAUGAACUGGUGCUUGCUGAUGCCAAUUUCCCAGCAUCUUCUAUUUGUGCAUGUGGCCCAAAGGAGAUAAGGGCUGACGGGUUGGGGAUCCCACGGCUUAUGGAGGCUGUUUUGAAGCUUUUGCCCCUGGACACCUAUGUCCCCUCUCCGGCUGCAGUUAUGGAUCUAGUAGAUAGUGACAAGCAGAGAGGUUUAGCUGUGCCUGUGUGGGACACCUACAAACAGCUCUUGAGCCAGGCAGGCUCUCAGGUUUCUCUUGAAAAGGUGGAAAGGUUUGCUUUCUAUGAAAGAGCCAAGAAGGCCUAUGCUGUUGUGGCAACAGGGGAGACAGCUCUGUAUGGUAACCUGAUACUGAAGAAGGGGGUCAUUCCUGCUGAGCAGCUACAGUGACACACACACACAUUUUGAACACAUGUGAUGAUUUCAGUUUUUAUUUUUCUGUUGUUCUGUGGUAUUAGGCACUAAUUGAAUUCUUUACCGUCAAAAUCAUCAUAUUUUGUGAAUUCAGAUGCAUUUAUUUCGAAUCUGUAAUCACUGCUGUAAAUACAAUCUAUAUUUUUUAUAACUGAUUUCUGCAUUAUAUGUUUAUAUCAAUAAAUAAAUGAAACACAGUCUCUGA